AUGCCCUUAACGAACAGCCAGUAUGGGUUCAUCACUACUGCUCGUGGGUCAACACGCUACAACACUUUAAAGGCCGAUAACAAACGAGAGGUGGUCAUGGCAAUCAACAAGCUGAAGUCGGAACAAAUGGAUGUGGGGAUAGCAAUCCUUGAUUUUGAUACAUUUGAACUUUCAUUGAUGGAGUUUUGCGAUACCCUGUUGUUUUUCAAAACUAUGAACCAAAUCGAUAUUCACCAACCCACUAUUGUUAUCUCUCCUGAUGGACCAAAUAUGCAAUUUGAGAAAUUGAAAUACGUUCUUGCAUCUAACCUUGAUGAAACAGUUGAGCAAAGAUUAGCAAGGGCGAGAAUGUUUGAAGUCGCUAAUGGGGUUGAAUGUCUCAAGUCUCAUCUGCGUAUGCAAGAUUCAGAGUUACUAGCUCUACUAAAAGAUCGCGGAUUAUCAAUUGGUGCGGCCAGUGCGCUAUUCACAUGCUGUUUAGAAUCGAAAUUGCUCAAACCAUCCAAUAGGGUUAGAAUAAGUUUUGUUCAGAAUGAUAAAUUUAUGUUAAUUGAUUCUUGUACAAUUAGAGACUUGGAGCUUGUCUCCAGUCUCAAUGGUAAUGGGACAACCCUAUUUUCAUUUUUGAAUAAAUGUACAACAAAAAUGGGGCAACGGUUAUUACGAACCUCCAUAAUCCAGCCAUUAAUGAAUGUCGACAGUAUAAAAUUGAGAUUGAAAUCGGUCACAGAGUUGCUUUCCCAAGAAAACCCCUUGUUAGCAAUCAAGAAUGUAUUGAAAAAUUUUCCUGAUUUGGAUAGAUUAUUUGCGAGCUUUUUGAAUCCAGAGUCAAUUAUAGGUCAGGAGCAGAUGAUUAAUAAUAUCCUUUCAUUAAAGUCCACCUUAUUGUUGUGCGGAGAGCUACUCAAUUGCUUAGAGAAAACUGAAUCACCUUUGUUUGUUCAAGUAAAGGAAAUUUUGACCCACGAAAACAUAGAAUCUGCACUUGUAUUGAUAGACAAGUUCAUAAACAAAGAUUGUCGACUGGCUAGGAGAAGCAUCGAUGUAGCGCACCAGAGAGCCAAUGCAGUAAAGUCAGGUAUCAAUGGUUUGCUUGAUGUUUCACGCAGUGUAAGAGAAACAAUCUUAGAACAAGUUAGCGAGUAUGUUCAAAAAAUCUCAUUGGAGAAUAGUGCUGUAGUUGAAUACAGAUAUGAUAAAUCGAGGGGAUUCUUUUUGAAAAUAAAGGGCACCGCGUUUGACAAUCCAGAUUUUAUCAACAUCAUAGAGAAGAAAAACGGGUUUGAAUGUACAACCAUUGACUUAUUAAAACAGAGUUCUAGGUUGGGCGAAAUCAUAGCCGAAAUCAACACUAUAAGCAGUAUCAUCAUUCUGGAAUUGUAUGAGCAGAGUUGUGAGAAUACACCUAUAUUUUUCAUGAUUUCCGAAGCGAUUGCUACAGUGGACUUGUUGUGCAGCUAUGCCAAUUUCGUUAGCUCACAAACCAAAUCGUACGUUUGCCCCGAAUUUGGCCAAUACAUACAUGUUCGGCUAUCUAGGCAUCCCAUACUUGAAAAGUUUAUUAAUGAUUUUGUUCCUAAUGACUAUUCAUGUGUUCCUGAGAUAUCAAGGUUUCAAAUCAUAACCGGUGCCAAUAUGAGUGGGAAAUCUGUUUAUUUGAAGCAGAUUGCAUAUAUUUUGAUUAUGUCGCAAAUGGGACUUUACGUACCAGCUGAUUACGCUACGAUAAAAGUCCACAAGAGUAUCCUUUCUAGGAUCUCAACCGACACUACUGACUUGACUGUAUCCUCUUUUUCAAAUGAAAUGACAGAAAUUUGUAGAAUUUUGAAAAAUACAGAGCAAGGGAGUUUCAUAAUCAUAGAUGAGUUGGGAAGGGGAUCCAGCUUAAGGGACGGAUUCGCUAUCUGUCUUGCUAUUCUUGAGCAUCUCACCACAACUCAUGCUUCGGUGUUUGCGACAACCCAUUUUAAAGAAAUUGCCGAGAUUUUAGGAAGUAAGUCGUGUGUUUUGGCAUCACAUAUGAAAACUAUCGAGACUAAUGGAAAGUUGGAAUCCAAGUUCAAGUUGGAGCUGGGGAAACUCGAAAUUGAGUGUUAUGGUAUUAAAUACGCCGAAUCGUCUCAAAUGUUACCAAAAGAGUUUUUAGCAGAAUCGAAAUCAAUUGCUGAUAUUUUGAAGCUGCAAGUCUUAGAGCCCAAUGAUCCACAUUCUAAGCUUGUUUCCAAACGUAGAAAGUUGGUUUUGGAGCUUUACUUUGCUUUGAAUCAAAUGCGGGUCUUGGAUUGUAACACAUUGUACAAGCUAGAUUUAUUGCGAACUUUACAAACAAAGUUUGUGGAGGAGAUUAAUGAUGUCUCCAUUUGA